AAACUAAUUUAAAAUAAAAUUUGUUACUACUGUAAGCGAAUGAAACCAAAGUUAUAGACAUAAAUGUGACAACAACCGUAAUGGACCAGUCAAUUAGUGCAAGAGAUACUCGUUAUGCCAGCCUUGGUUUUGGUAUUGGCAUAAUAGGUGAUGAUUCUAUCACUGAAAUUUAUGGUCGAUCUAAUUCUCAACUACAGUCACAAAGUGACAGUGAAAACAGUGUAAUCGUUGGUGUGACCUCUGAUAGCACAGGAUCUAUAGCAUCUGAAACCGUCAAUAUAUCACAACCAAAUGACACUAGUAUUGCAAUUGUUAACAUGCACCGUGGUCUUAAAAGAACAUCUACUGAUGUAUGUUAUGAUAAUUUAAACGAAUCACCAGAAAUAUCUUCGCAAACUCAAAGUUUGUCUAAUUGUGUAUCUAAUCAUGCAGAGGAAAGUUAUACAAAUCUCGUAUUGUCUAAGAAAUCUCCACCGUCCAAUGGUAAAAAAACCAAAGGGAGAGUGAAGAUUAAAAUGGAGUAUAUUGAUAAUAAGCUGAGGAGAUACACAACAUUUUCGAAACGGAAGACUGGCAUUAUGAAAAAGGUGUAACAUAACUUUCUUACCCUUAUGUAUAAGGAAAUAAUCCAUAACAUACCAACUAGAUUUCUUAUCAUUUUAUUAUAGUAACAUAGUAAUACAUAUUUUUAUUUAGUUUAUGAGUAGAACUUUUGAAUCACACA